UCAUCACAACUUUGUUAUACAAGGCACAGAGCAAACAACCACACAGCAGCGCUGCGGCGCCGAGCUCCCGGUGGGCAGGCGGUGGCCCGCUUCGACGUUCAAAUGCUGCGCCGCGCCCCCCCCUGGCUCUCUCGGGGCCGCGGCGGCAGCCCGCGCCCAACCUUUCUGGAGCUCCACCACUCGGGGAGACGUGAGACUCGGGUCCGGGGGACUCGACUCGGGUCCAGGGGACUCGGGCUGGCCCGACUGGUCCAUCAUGCACAUGGCGAGGCCCGGUCUGUCAAUUGGACGCGGGCUCCCGCUGCAAGCGUCCCACGACAACUGGACCGUCACAAUCCAGGACGCGCUCGUCCGAAGGCGCCGGCAACCCCGAGUUCUGGCGCACUCGAGUCUCACGAUGAGGACGCCCUGCGGCAGAGGCAGGGGCUGCGCGCGGCGCGGGCGGCCGCGCCGCCCCCGCGCGCAGAGGACCCCGGGCGCCGCGAUUGGGAAAAAGCACACCAGUGCGGCGCUCGUGUGGCAGCGCUCUCGGCGGCCCCGGUGCGGCCUGGGAGCUCCUCCACUCCCGUCCUCUGCAGGGCAACGAGUGGGGGACACCUCGUGGUGGGUAGGAGAAACCAGAAUCGAAUCGAUAAGUCGGAUCGACGAUCGGCAUGCAUCGGAUCGGCGGAGUUCGGCAGCCAAGUCGGGAGAUCUGUGUAGUCGUGUGUCCAUAAACACGUAUACACAUUGCCCACACGGCCUGCUGAAGAAAUUCAUGUACACGAUGGCUGGCAAUCUGCCAAUUCAACAGGCCUCUGGUCCGUGACGCGCGCGGGGCCUUCCGACCAAAGUCAGCGCCUCUCGCCGCCGCUUCCAGCACAGCAUGGCACGUCAGCGGCGGCCUCAAUCUGCUCGCCUCCGCUCGCCGGCGUGCGACCGACACGUACAACUAAAAUCCACCUCUUUCAAAGACACGGCGGUAUUGCUCGGGGCACCGAGCUGUGAGGCCGACGGCUCGCGGACGGAUCGCGCCAGGGGGGGGAGACUGGAGGACAGAGGGAGAGAGAUAGAGAGAGGCACAGAGAAAGAUAUGCCAGGGAAGUGCAACGCAAGAACAUGGCCUUCAGACCAUGGAGACGAUGGGCUCGGGGCUGCGGCUCACCAAUCGUCCUGCUCCUCUUCCUCCUCGACCAGGCGCCAGAGGCCCUGAACACCUCGCUGCACGAACAUCUGCCAGAUGCCUGGCAGGCGGGAACGACAUGACCAGGGGAAAUGAGACACCCGUCUCCUUCAGGCGACUUCGGAGUAUAAAGUGAAAACGACCUUGGGCCCAAACCUGGCGGGCGCAAUCCUUGAAAAUAACGGCCGCGGCGCCCUCCCGAGAACCGAAAACGGACGAUUCACUAAUCGACGUGGCAGGGUGGGAGGUC